GCCGGUCAGACUCACAGACUCGUGAGUCUGCCAAUCCAAGAGUCUGGUGCCGGUCCAAGAGCCACUUUGAGGCGUCCGACUAGCCCCGAACGCACCCCUUCAACUGCCGCCUCCGGCACAAACACACACCAAACUGGGCCCAGCAACACCGCCGCGGUUACUGAGCCCUUUGAGCCUCUCCUCGCAACCGACGUCCUCUGCCCGCCCGUCUCCCGGAGGCAUCAUGCUUCGCUGCCUCUGCUCCACAGCUCGCCUGGCCCCGCAAACCUGCUCACCUGUCCCCAGUACCCUGGAGACCACCGGCCUCAGUAUCCCAGCGCCCCACCACCCUGCUACGAUCAGGCCACUCGGGAGGCAGGCCUCUGUCCCGGUCGUCACCCGUCGUCCGGUCAACUCGCAGGCAUAGCAACACCGCCGAGCUACUCGGUCUGCGAUUUCCUGCUCGCCGGCUACAGGCUCUUCCAGCCCACAUGGACGACCCCUUCUGCCGGGGGUGGAGAAGACCGGUCAACGGCAACGGCCGAUUGCCGACGUCUGUCACAUGCUCCACAUGACGUCUGGCUUCAGCAUGUGUUUCACACGUCGCCUCACCACUUUCGCCCUCUUACCCGCGAGCCCUGUCGGCGGAGGUGUCUGAAGCAAGCAUCAGACAACUGCUCGCAGAACGGAUGGUGUGCCAGUGCCCUUGUCGCCAGGGAGACCGUUACUAAUUGUCCUUUGGUUGCACGACGCGGUUACAGUGUCCACGACAGACAGCAACGCUCUUGCCUUGUCUGCCCUCAGACCAGCUGGCUCGGCCGCUCGUUGGGCAGGUCGGAGGGUCGCGUAUGUCGGGCCUCAGCCCCGUUCGAGAUGGAAGACGGUCUGGAUGAGGCUGGCGUCGGUGAGCCGGCCAGCCUGCGACCACUUGGAGGCCAUCACCAUGACGACGAAGUUGAGAGGGAGAUUGAUGUGAGCGGAGAGUUUGCAGAAGAAGAAAGGAUGAUGGCGCUUGUGAGAGGAGCUGUAACUAUGGAUCUGGAGAUGGCCUAUCCGGCCAAGACCAUUGGUCUGGCGAGAAAGGAGCAAUCGGAGGCGCUGAGAUAUGCUGAAGAGGCGGCCUUUUUGAAGGAGAAAGAGGCGAUCGCUAAGUGCAUGCGUUCAUCCGGCUUCAGCUCCCGUAGCCGAUGCAAUUCAUUCGAGAAUUGCGAAGCCUGGCUGGCCUCCUAG